AUGGCAGACAAUCAAAGAAAGAGACGAAAGAUAUACAAAACAAAAGUUGUUUUCACAAUCAAUGACUUCGCAAAUGUGGCCAACGAUAGAGUGUUUAGCGAAAUGUUUGUCAUUGGAUCCAAUGGAUGGAAAAUUGUGGUCAAUCCGAGAGUUGAUUUGAACGGCAAUUACAAUAACAAUACGAAUAGAGAAAGACUAGAAUUUGUCAAAUAUUGUCUUCAAUUCAAUUCAACAAUCGGUUCAAAAACAGUUCGUCAAAGUAGUAGUUGUGAUAUAUCUGUGGACACAGAAAUCAAGUCAUACUAUUUGGUCGACGAUUGUCACCGAAUCCAAUCCAUUGAAGACAAACACGUGUUCAAAGAAUAUCAACCAAAGUAUGAAUUGAAAGUUAAACGCAAAGAACUGAUUGAUAAGAUCGACAAAUUGAAAUCAUUGGUCAUUGUGUUCAAUAUAACCACAUUUACAUCGCUAUCCGACGCCGACAACAACAACAACAAGAGGUUCCGAUUUGACACCAAUUUCAAUGUCUGCGGACUAAAUGAUUCUACUUUUGUGGUCAAAGGCAAAGAGUUAUACGCAUCGAAACUAAUUCUUGGCGCUAAAAGUGAUGUCUUCUCACUAAUGUUUUCAACAAAUAUGUCCGAAAAGAUGUCCAACAAAGUGAUUAUCGAUGACGUGGACAGCGAUGUGUUUGAAGAGUUUCUACGAUACAUAUAUUCGGGACAUUCGGACAAAUUGAUUGAAAUGUCUGAUCAGUUACUAUAUGUUUCCAACAAAUAUUUGGUUUGGGAUCUGAAGAAUAUAAUCUUGAAUUUGCUUUUCGUUUCAAUUACACCUCAAACGGCUUUAGAUGUCUUGAAAACACUUAUAGAUUUCGAUGCUUCCGAAGAUCUAAUAUCAAAGGUCUAUGACUUUAUCACUCGCAAUACUAAAGCAAUAUUUGAGUACCAAUUCAGUCAUAAUUUAUCACAAUAUGGUUUCAAUGGCAAAGUUGUCGAUAAAAUGUUUGCCGAAAAAACAAAGAAAACUUCGACAUUGUAUUACACAUACAGUUAUUUUGAAUAA